AUGGCGGCCUCGGAUGCGUAUUCAAAUUCCAAGCUGAUAGAGGAUAUGAUCUUCGCCUUUGUCCCGAUCUGGGUAAGGGCCAUGAAAUUACCUCUAGGACUGAUGACCAAGGAGACGGGUAUGGCGAUCGGCAGGGAGGUUGGAGAAUUCAUGACGAUGGAUUUAGAGGAGGAUGGAUCAGCUGUGGGCCAAUUCCUUCGCAUCAAGAUCCGGAUAGAUAUCAGGAAACCUCUCAUGAGAGGCGUGACCUUGUUUGUGGGUGCAGAUGAAAGGCCGCUAUGGUGCCCGCUGGUGUAUGAAUUUCUUCCUGACUUCUGUUAUAUCUGUGGCAUCGUGGGUCAUACGGAGAAGUUGUGUGAGAAAAAGCUCGCAGAGGGGGAGGCCCCUUUGUUUAAUAAAAGCCUCCGUUUCAUUCCUGAACAAAAAAGAUGGGAGGGUGGAAGCAGUGAUAAAACUAGCGGCAGUCGAUUCCAAGUGCAAAGGAAAUCGGGUGCCAGCAGUUGUAAAGGGAGUGACGCUCCUUCCUGGCGAAAGGAGAUUACAGAUGGCUCGAAAGGAAAGGAGAAAGGCACGCAGGGUGAGGAUGAAGUAACUAGCCCUUUGAAGAUGGGCUUUCCAGCUGAGAGGUCAGAUCGACCAAAGAAAUCAUUGUUUCAAUCCAAAAAGGGGGCUGCUGUGGAGGCCAGUAAGUGUGUGAGCACUCAGGAAGUGAUCAACGACGUGAGUUAUGUUGCUGGCACAGCCCAGGGGGAGGCAGCGAAGAAAGGUGAAGCGGGGAAACAAGUCGACAGUGCCAUGCAAGCCAUGCACGUCGAUUCGGUUCCAGAUGAGGGUUUAGUAGAUGGAGGUGCAUCGGGGGUAGUGAUGAAGAAAACCUUUAAAAGAAUACCCAGAGAGGAGAGGGGGGCUAAAAACGGGCAUCCCAAGCUUACCGAGCCGGAGAAGGGGGGACCGGAGGAGGGAGUAGGAGGAAAGAGGAGGAGAUCUGCCGGGGGUGGCGAUGAGGGAGAAAAACCAACAAAGAAGGCGGGGCUGGCGAUCCAGCCCUGUUUGUAUGGAGAUGCACAUUCUGAAACAAAGCAUAGAACCUGGACCACAAUGAGAGGGCUGAUAGACAACCCAACAACUCCUUGGUUGAUGGCGGGGGAUUUUAAUGAGAUUUUGUUCUCCCAUGAGAAACAAGGUGGAAGGAUGAAGGCUCAAUCUGCGAUGGAUGAGUUCCGGCACGCUCUGACAGACUGUGGCCUAGAUGACUUGGGAUUUGAGGGUGACGCUUUUACCUGGAGAAACCACAGUCACUCGCAGGAAGGGUAUAUCAGGGAACGGCUUGAUAGGGCGGUCGCCAAUCCCGAAUGGAGAGCAAUGUUUCCAGCUGCAAGAGUGAUAAACGGCGACCCGCGUCACUCUGAUCACAGGCCGGUUAUUAUCGAGCUGGAAGGGAAGAACAAGGGUGUAAGAGGAAGAAAUGGCCAUAAUGAUUUUCGGUUCGAGGCAGCCUGGCUAGAAGAGGAGAAAUUCAAGGAAGUGGUGAAAGAAGCAUGGGAUGUGUCGGCUGGUCUUCAGGGACUACCGGUCCAUGCAUCCUUGGCGGGGGUGGCGGCUGGCCUAUCGAGCUGGAGCUCAAAUGUUCUUGGGGAUCUGGAAAAACGAGUGAAGAAAGUGAAAAAGGAGCUGGAAACCUGCCGUCGUCAACCAAUAAGCAGGGACCAAGUUGUCCGGGAGGAAGUGCUUCGUUAUAGGUUGGAAAAGCUUGAGCAACAGGUUGAUAUCUAUUGGAAGCAAAGAGCUCAUACCAAUUGGCUCAAUAAGGGGGAUCGAAACACGUCAUUCUUUCACGCCAGCUGUUCUGAGAGGAGAAGACGAAAUAGGAUAAACAAGCUAAGAAGAGAGGAUGGUUCCUGGGUGGAAAGGGAGGAAGACAAAAGAGCGAUGAUAAUCGAAUUCUUCAAACAACUAUUUACCUCAAAUGGGGGUCAAAACUCGCAGAAGCUCCUGGAUGUGGUGGAUAGGAAAGUAUCGGGGGCCAUGAAUGAGUCGCUCCGGGCAGAGUUUACAAGAGAAGAAGUUAAAGAAGCCCUAGAUGCCAUUGGUGACCUGAAAGCUCCAGGCCCGGACGGGAUGCCGGCGGGGUUUUACAAAGCUUGUUGGGAUGUAGUGGGUGAGAAGGUGACAGAUGAGGUGCUGGAGGUUCUCAGGGGUGGAGCAAUCCCAGAAGGCUGGAACGAUAUAACUAUAGUCCUGAUCCCAAAGGUCAAAAAACCUGAACUAAUUAAAGAUCUUCGCCCGAUCAGCUUGUGUAAUGUGUGCUAUAAAUUGGUGUCUAAGGUCUUGGCUAAUAGACUAAAGAAGAUUUUGCCGGAUGUAAUCUCCCCCGCGCAGAGUGCCUUUGUUCCUGGAAGACUCAUCUCUGAUAAUAUCCUAAUCGCGGAUGAGAUGACACACUAUAUGAGAAAUAAGAGGUCUGGGCAAGUAGGUUAUGCGGCCUUUAAACUUGACAUGAGUAAAGCCUAUGAUAGGGUGGAAUGGAGUUUCCUCCAUGAUAUGAUUCUCAAGCUAGGUUUUCACACUGAUUGGGUGAAUUUGAUUAUGAAGUGUGUUUCCACAGUAACGUACAGAAUCCGAGUCAAUGGGGAAUUAUCGGAGAGCUUCUCGCCUGGAAGAGGGUUACGACAGGGAGACCCGCUGUCUCCAUAUCUGUUUCUCCUGUGUGCUGAAGGUUUUUCGGCUUUGUUGAGCAAGACGGAGGAGGAGGGCAGACUGCAUGGAAUUCGCAUUUGUCAGGGCGCUCCAAGUGUUUCACACUUGCUGUUCGCGGACGACUCUUUGAUCCUAUGUCGCGCGAAUGGAGGGGAAGCACAGCAAUUACAAACGAUCUUGCAGAUAUAUGAGGAGUGCUCUGGACAAGUGAUAAACAAGGACAAAUCAGCAGUGAUGUUCAGUCCAAAUACCAGUAGUUUGGAGAAAAGGGCAGUGAUGGCUGCACUAAACAUGCAACGUGAAACCACAAAUGAAAGAUACCUAGGGCUCCCGGUCUUUGUUGGGAGGUCAAGGACGAAGAUCUUCUCGUAUCUGAAGGAGAGGAUAUGGCAGCGCAUUCAAGGGUGGAAGGAGAAGCUACUAUCCCGAGCUGGCAAAGAAAUCCUCAUCAAGGCAGUGGCACAAGCAAUUCCCACCUUUGCAAUGGGGUGUUUUGAGUUGACAAAGGAUUUGUGCGAUCAGAUUAGCAAGAUGAUAGCGAAGUACUGGUGGAGCAACCAGGAGAAGGACAAUAAGAUGCAUUGGUUAAGUUGGAAUAAAUUGACAUUGCCAAAAAAUAUGGGGGGCUUAGGUUUCAGGGACAUUUACAUUUUCAACCUAGCGAUGCUAGCCAAGCAAGGAUGGAGAUUGAUUCAGGACCCUGACUCUCUGUGCUCAAGGGUUCUUAGAGCUAAAUACUUCCCUCUGGGGGACUGUUUCCGGCCAAAGCAGACAUCAAAUGUUUCCUAUACUUGGAGAAGCAUACAGAAGGGUCUCAGAGUGUUGCAAAAUGGGAUGAUAUGGAGGGUGGGAGAUGGAUCGAAGAUUAACAUCUGGGCGGAUCCCUGGAUCCCGAGGGGAUGGUCAAGGAAACCUAUGACACCCAGAGGCGCUAACCUUGUGACAAAAGUGGAGGAACUGAUUGACCCUUAUACUGGAACUUGGGAUGAAGAUUUGCUGUCACAAACUUUUUGGGAAGAGGACGUCGCAGCUAUUAAAUCCAUUCCUGUGCAUGUUGAAAUGGAGGAUGUUUUGGCGUGGCACUUUGAUGCGAGAGGAUGCUUCACGGUCAAAUCAGCUUACAAGGUGCAAAGGGAGAUGGAGAGAAGAGCUAGCAGAAACGGAUGCCCUGGGGUCUCAAAUUGGGAGAGUGGGGAUGAUGAUUUUUGGAAGAAGCUCUGGAAACUGGGUGUUCCAGGAAAGAUCAAACACUUCUUGUGGAGAAUGUGCCACAACACGCUGGCGUUGCGUGCUAACCUGCACCAUCGAGGUAUGGAUGUCGAUACUAGAUGUGUGAUGUGUGGCCGGUAUAAUGAAGAUGCUGGACAUCUUUUCUUUAAGUGCAAGCCAGUGAAGAAAGUUUGGCAAGCUUUAAACCUAGAAGAGUUGAGAUCCAUGCUAGAGCAGCAAACGUCAGGAAAGAAUGUGUUACAAUCAAUUUACUGCCGCCCGGAAAAUGAACGAACAAGUGCCAUAGUUUGCCUUUGGCAGUGGUGGAAAGAGAGGAAUGAAGUAAGAGAAGGAGGAAUACCAAGGAGCCCAGCUGAGCUCUCACACCUGAUUAUGUCACAGGCAGGAGAGUUUGUUAGGAUGAAUGUAAAGGAAAAAAGCCCCAGAACAGGAGAGUGUGCAGUUUGGAGACGGCCACCCCUGAACUUUGUGAAAAUCAACACCGACGGAGCAUACAGUAGUAACAUGAAGCAGGGAGGAUGGGGUUUUGUGAUCAAGGAUCAGACUGGCGCAGUCCUUCAGGCAGGAGCUGGUCCGGCAGCUUAUCUACAAGACGCCUUCCAUGCUGAAGUUGUUGCCUGUGCUGCUGCAAUCAAGACUGCGAGUGAAAGGGGUAUGUCCAGAAUUGAGCUAGAAACAGACUCAAUGAUGCUUCGCUACUCGCCCCGGAGUUGUAAUAAGGUGGCACAUGAGCUUGCCGCGUAUGGUUGUAAUCUCCAGACCGUGUCUUCCUGGGCAGGCUGCCCGCCUGGUCUGGAACGGCUGGUAUCCAGCGAUUCUGCUGGUUUGGUAAUAUAA